CGGGUCGGCUUUUUUUUUUCUCCCUUCACUUUCACGCGGGGCUGUUGGGAGUUCGCUCGGGAGUUGCUGUGAGGGCGCGCUUUGUACUACGAGGAAGACGUCGGUUGGCGAAGGAGGCCUCGAACUGUUGAAACCCUGGAGGACAAGAUGACUGGGUCAAAUGAAUUUAAGUUGAACCAACCACCAGAGGAUGGAAUCUCGUCUGUCAAAUUCAGCCCUAACACAUCACAGUUUCUGCUUGUUUCAUCUUGGGACACUUCUGUUCGAUUGUAUGAUGUUCCUGCCAACACCAUGAGACUCAAGUAUCAACAUACAGGAGCUGUACUUGACUGUGCUUUUUAUGACCCUACACAUGCCUGGAGUGGAGGAUUAGAUCGACAGUUAAAAAUGCAUGACCUGAACACUGAUCAAGAGAAUCUUGUUGGCACCCAUGAUGCUCCUAUUAGGUGUGUUGAAUAUUGCCCUGAGGUGAAUGUAAUGGUAACUGGGAGUUGGGAUCAAACCGUCAAGUUAUGGGACCCCAGAACACCUUGUAAUGCAGGAACAUUUUCUCAGCCUGAAAAGGUUUAUACAUUGUCCGUGUCUGGUGACAGGCUAAUAGUGGGAACAGCAGGUCGAAGAGUUCUGGUGUGGGAUUUGAGGAAUAUGGGCUAUGUUCAACAAAGAAGAGAAUCAAGCCUGAAGUAUCAGACCCGUUGCAUCAGAGCAUUUCCAAACAAGCAGGGUUAUGUGUUAAGUUCCAUAGAAGGUCGCGUUGCUGUUGAGUAUUUGGAUCCAAGUUUAGAGGUGCAGAAGAAGAAAUAUGCUUUCAAAUGUCAUAGACUGAAGGAAAAUAACAUUGAGCAGAUUUAUCCAGUUAAUGCCAUCUCUUUCCACAAUGUCCACAACACAUUUGCUACAGGUGGUUCUGAUGGCUUUGUCAAUAUUUGGGAUCCAUUCAAUAAAAAGAGACUUUGUCAGUUUCACCGCUAUCCUACCAGCAUAGCAUCCCUGGCUUUCAGUAAUGAUGGAACCACCCUUGCCAUAGCAUCAUCAUAUAUGUAUGAAAUGGAUGACAUUGAACAUCCUGAAGAUGGUAUCUACAUUCGCCAAGUGACAGAUGCCGAAACAAAACCCAAGUCUACUUAAUUUCUGACCAAAACAUCAUUAAAAUUUGGCUCUCAAAAGAUGUCUCCAUCUCCUUGUGGCAAGACUGUUGUAAAGUACAUCCCUGCAUUAAAUGAGGUUGUUUUGGUAAUAUUCUCACUCAAACUAAAGUCGUGCUGUCCUUUAGUAUAUUCUGUAUUAGGGUUUGGGAGUUUUACUCCAGAUGUUGAACUGCAGUUUUCAUUAAUGCUAACUAGUGCACACAUUGGUGAGGGAUGAUGGGCAAUGGAAUCUGACAAUAUAUGGAGGACUACAUGUUUCCCAUCCCUGUUCCUCAUCAUUCUUUUAAGCUUGUUGAAGAAUCAAUGUUUUCUUCAGCUUUAGCAAUUGCCUUUUCUGUCUUUUAAUUCCUUUGAAAUCUUACAUCUUGUACUUCUAGAAUUUUUGUACAAAUAUAAUGCCAGUUUAACUGUUUCAAUAAACAAUAUUUUCAAAAACCACA